AAUCUUCGCCUAGCCACCUUGCUUCAGUCCUCGCCGGCGCCAUGAUGCACCAAGCAAGGUGCCUGGAAAGCUACGAAGGACGCUGGCAAACUACGUCACUAAGCCGAAGUAAUCAAUUGCCCAACUAGCGUGCAGUGGACCGGAGUUCUACUUAUCCGGCCUACGCGCCGAGCCCUCGCCUACAACCCGGAAGUCUGAGCGCCAUGGCCGCUUCUUGCCCGCUCCCAGCGACUCAGGACUUGUCCACGUUGUAUAUGAAGUUGCAGGGACUGGUGCGAUUCCUGAAGGAAGCCCUGCCCAUUUCCAACGCGCACACGGUGGACUUCUACACAGAAUCCGUGUGGGAGCAACUGGUGGCUUUGCCACCGGAAAGGGUACUGAUGGUGUUGAGGCGGUCGGCGGCGGACAUGCGCCCCCUAGUGGAAUGCGAGCGGAGCGCAGGUUUUACUGAUUUUCCCAAAAUAUUUUGUGAAACUUCUCAGAAGCUGGUGAAUGUGGAGGCUUUUGCCCUGACUGCAAAAUAUUACUCUAUGAAAAAUUUAGGAAUAAGUACUCCUUUUGAGAAGUUGUUAGUAGCCCUUCAGGUAAAUCAGAAACAGAAAACUGCUGGAAAUGUGAAGUCAGAUGAGUUUAUGAAUAUGAAAAAAUCUCAUGAGGUUCAGGUAAUGUCAGAGCUGAUCAACGGUCUUGCUGGCUACUGUGGAAUAAAGCAGGUAAUUGAUGUGGGUUCUGGCAAAGGUUACCUAAGUUCCUUUUUGUCCUUAAAGUAUGGUUUGAAAGUUUAUGGGAUUGAUUCUUCAAAUACUAAUACUCAUGGAGCUGAGAAGAGAAACAGGAAGCUGAAGAAACAUUGGAAGGUCUAUCAUACUCCAUCAAAAUUAGAUGCCAAUGGACUGACAUUAAAAAUGUCAAAUGAAAGGAAAGUUCAAGAUGACAUUCAAUAUGAAGAAGAUAAUGAGGGAAUGUGUCACAGAAGUCCUACAAAUCAAGAGAUGAUGUCUACCUCAGAUGUUGUGCCAGAUUUUUCAAACCCUGUAACUGUUCACUUUGGAAAACAAAUGGAAAAUCUACAUGUUUACUCACAUCAAGAAGAAACUUUGUAUUUUGAAAGUCCCUUUUCUCUCAUUGACUUUUUACCUAUCAAUGCCAUAGAACCUUCUUUGCAAAUGCCCAACAGAAAAAUGUCAGAAGCAAAUAAAGAAAGAAGAAAAAAGACAUCGAAGUCAAGUGAGUUAAAUAUAUACUCACCUUUAACUUCAUUUAUAACGGCUGACUCAGAGCUACGUGACGUUAUUAAAGAUCUGGAGGACUGUUUGGUGGUUGGUCUGCAUACUUGUGGUGAUCUUGCUCCAAAUACUUUGCGAAUAUUUACUUCCAAAUCUGAAGUCAGAAGUGUUUGCAGUGUGGGUUGUUGCUACCACCUCUUAUCUGAAGAGUUUGAAAGCCCAAAGAAAGAAUGUACUCAAGAAAAAUGGGGAUUUCCAAUGUGCCACUACUUAAAGGAGGAGAGAUGGUGUUGCGGACGGAAUUCCAGAAUGUCGGCUUGUUUGGCAUUGGAGCGGGUUGCAGUCGGCCAAGGGCUGUCCACUGAAUCACUGUUCUAUCGUGCUGUUCUUCAGAGUAUUGUUAAAGAUUGUUAUGGCAUCACCAAAUGCUGCCACUUGAUAAGACUUUUGGAUUAUCAAUAUUUCUGUAAGAAUGAUCAGCAUAUUGGUAAAAUAUAUUCCAAGUCCUCUUCAUUUUUGGAUUAUGUUAGAAAGUCUCUAAAGAAGCUUGGAUUGGAUGAGUCCAAGCUGCCAGAAAAAACUAUAAUGGACUACUAUGAGAAGUAUAAGCCUAGAAUGAAUGAGCUGGAAGCUUUUAACAUGUUGAAAGUCAUCCUGGCUUCUUGUGUAGAAACAUUGAUCCUUCUGGACCGACUUUGCUACCUGAAAGAGCAGGAAGAUAUUGCAUGGUCUGCACUUGUGAAGUUGUUCGAUCCUGUGAAAUCUCCCAGAUGUUAUGCUGUUAUUGCUCUGAAGAAACAGCAAUGAUUUCAAUUGAAGCAAGUUAAUAGAAACAUCUAUUUGGGGAACCUGUUGCUAAUACUGUUUUUCUAAGUACUAUGCCAUUUCCUGUAAAUAUUGGAACACCUUUGCUACAUAUUUUAAAUAAACAGAAAAUAACAGCUAA